CUGCAGUGGACUGACUGGCCCGAGAGUCACAAGGGUCCUGUCAUCACCUACCUCGCCAACUGCAACGGGGACUGCGCCACCGUCGACAAGUCUUCGCUCGAGUUCUUCAAGAUCGAUGAGAAGGGCCUCAUCAGCGGCAGCGACAACACCUGGGCCUCCGACAACCUGAUCUCCAGCAACAACAGCUGGACCGUGACCAUUCCCAGCAGCAUUGCUGCCGGCAACUAUGUCAUGCGUCAUGAAAUUAUUGCCCUUCACUCUGCUGGCAACAAGGAUGGUGCUCAGAACUACCCCCAGUGCCUCAACUUCAAGGUCACCGGCGGCGGUAGCGACAAGCCCGAGGGUACCCUCGGUACUGCUCUCUACAAGGACACCGACCCUGGUAUCCUGGUCAACAUCUACCAGACCCUGUCCUCCUACACCAUCCCCGGCCCUGCUCUCUACUCCGGCAGCUCCUCCAGCGGUUCCUCCGGCUCCGGCAGCUCCAGCGCCGCCCCCUCCGCUACCGCCAGUGCUUCUGCUUCUGUCACUGCUGCUCCUGUCCAGACUAGCACCGCCACUGCUUACCAGACCUCCACUGCUGUUGCCAGCGUCACUGUUACUGGCUCUGCUCCCGCUCAGACCCACGUCCAGGCCACCAGCUCCUCGGCUGCUGCUUCCACUCCCACUGCUAGCUCCGGCGCCAGCUCUGGCUCCAGCUCCAGCUCCAGCGACCUGACUGAGUACUUCAACUCCCUCAGCGCUGAGGAGCUCCUGAACGUUAUCAAGCAGACCCUCUCUUGGCUUGUCACCGACAAGAUCCACGCCCGUGACAUCUCUGCCUAG